CCAUCCAUCAACCGCACUUGAACUUGCCGGGACAAGCAGUAGACAGCAGCGUCUCGACCGACCGAUCGAUCCGCCAUGGGGCAAGGCAAGGAGGUGAAGACCCGGCCCGACCCCAAGGUGGAGAUCCAGGAGAAAGGCGAGAUCUUCUUCUUCUACCGGCCCAAGGUGGACAAGGACGAGGCGCACGGCCCCGACGACGUCCAGCGCAUGUACAUCGUACUGCGCCCGGAGUCCGCCGAGGACCGCGCCGUCGAGGAGAAGCAGGCGCCGGACUCCGGCAAGGAGGGCCGCAAGCACCACCGCCAAGGCGACGGCAACGGAGGGGGGGCAGGCAAGGAAGGAGGCCACCACGAAGGUGGCCAUGGCAAGGAGGAGGUGAACGUCGAGGAGCGGCCGCUGCUCCGGCUGUUGGUCAUGGGGAAGAAGAGCCUGCCGGACCCGGCCAAGCACGGCCGCCCGUACUGGGGAUACGUCGAGCUCGUCACCACCAAGCUCCAGGACAUCAAGGACGCGCUCAAGGAAGAGGAGUACAGCACGGCGACGCGGGGCCAGCGCCGCCUGCCGGCGGCGCGUGCGCUCGGCGAGGGCGUGUACCGCAUCCUGAAGCACGAGUCCGGCCGCGCCCCGCACACCCACCUCGUGUACAAGCUGGAGCUCCCCACCCGCGGAGACGGGGAGCCGCAGGAGGCGCUGAACGUGGAGCCGGAGGCGUCCUUCCUCGUGCAGAUCAAGAACCCCGACCCGCCCUCCGGCGGCGGCGGCGGCGGCGGCGGCUUCCGCGGGCUGCAGAGCAAGCGCCGCGCGGCGUUCCCCGCGCACCUGCAGGGCGCGUUCGGGAGCCGGCGUUUCGCGCCGGCGGACCCGCCGGACCUGCUCAACUACGAGGGGUGCGAGCUGCUGCUCAUCGCGGCGUCGGACGACGUGGAGGAGGAGCUCGGGCUGGAGCUGGAGGGGGAGGUGGAGGAGGGGGAGGAGCAGCGGGCGGCCGGGUGCUCGGACCUGGUCAAGAUGUUCGGCGAGGUGGCCGACGUGAAGCCGCUGCUGAGCGGGAGCUGGGACUAGGCCGGGCCGGCCGGCCACUGAGCUGGUGUCACGCAGCGCGCUCGUCCCAGCUUUUUUGAUAAAUGGUGAGGGAGCUUGUUUACUGCUCUCAAAAUGUUAGGUGGUAGGAGGGUGUCUUAAAAAAAUGUAGGAAGGACUUGUUAAGGUGUCUUAAUUUUACCUGCUACUUGCUUUGAAAUAUUUUGCACGGUGAUCUGUAAACGUUGGGCUAGCUGAAGCUUAAUCUGCGUGUUUCCUGUAUUGUCUGGACCAAACCACCGU